AAAUCCUUCAAUAUACGAAAUUAAAUGGCACAAAGCUACUCAAAAAAUGCCAACAAGACAUAUCAGAAUAAAUGGACAACAAACACUUGAAAAUCGUUAUGAUUUGGAUUUAUUAGCUAGACACGAAUUUUUCCAAAAAAUUUCAAUUAAAUAUGGACAUAUUUGGGAUUUGGUUAGGGGAGGGCCUGAAAAAUAG